AUGGCCUUUGGCUGGGCCGAGAUUCGCUCUCUCCUCCUCGUCUUUGGCCCGAUUCUCCUCCCAAAGGCAAUUACUGCCUAUCGCUCGAUUCGCGCCGCCUCCCAACAUCGUAGUGAACCCGUCCCACCUCCGCCUCGCGUUACCCGCGCCCUCACGAUCUUGACCUUCCUCGUUCUCUUCUAUCUCGCCAGAACCCUGCCGCCCUUCGCCCCCGAAAACGUCUUCACACUCACGCAGUCCCGUCUCCAAAUCCCGGUUGAUGUGCUCUUCAACCGUCUCUCCUCUCUCCGGCCUGAUGGAAUCCUGACGCAGGCGGACGAACGACUUCGAGCUCGGUUUGUCAACCUCGAAUCCCGUCUGUUGUACCUCUACCUCGGGCCCGCCGCCCUCGCAGACUGCCCGUUCUGCAAAUCCGAUGAGCCAAAGAGCUAUUUUUACUAUGCUUUGCCAGCAAUUGCAUUGCCUCAUCUUCUGAAUCUUGUCGCAAUUGGCGCGGUUACAUCUGCAACUCUGACAGGAAGGGAUGGCGCCAGGUGGAGGAGUGCGGCGACGAUAGCUGCUGCGGUGCUCUGCGUCGCAGACCUUAGCCUGGUGAAUCAGUACGACUAUUCCGCUAACGCAUCUGCUCUACGCCUGCCCGAGAUCGACUUUUUCUACUGGAAGGUCCGCGCGGUGCGCUACAUUGCCCUCGCCCUUCUCGACGCUGCGUUAGGCGCCAUGCUGUUCCUUUCCAGUACGCGUCGAGCAUUCAUGCAACCGCCUUCUGAAGCGGAGCGGAUCGAGUCGAGCAAUCGCGCCCUGAACUUGAUCCGGAGCAAGCUGACUGCUCUGGGCAUCGUGAAGAACACCACGUUGAGGGACGAUGAGCUGCGCGCUCGCAGCCAGGCGUACUGGUUACACGAGGUGCGGCUUGUACGAGAAGUCAUGGAGGAGAGGGAGGUCAUUGAGGGUGUGAACAACGCGUUGGAGAACAGGCUCAAUAUCCAGACUAUCACGGCCGAUGCGGAAUCAUAUAGUCAGAGUGUAUUCGCACCGAUGGAGCAGGGUAUCGAGGAGAAAUCGGCGCAGCAGUAG